AUGACGGGGGCUCUGGAGUUUGUGGCAAUGGAGGUACAGCCGGCGGAGGAACAACGCGCGGUGGCGGCGACAAAGCUGCUGCAAAGUUCAGACGCCGGAAGGCAACAACGACGUGAGUACUUGAAGGAGCACCAAAGCCCUCGUGCUGAUUACAUCAAGCAUGCAGAUCUGCUUUCUAGGAAGCUAGCAAGAUUUCCGCUCCUUGUGAACUUCAGAUGCUGGAAGAAAUUCGCUCUGUCCAAGAAGACGACGCUCUCUCUGGUUCAGGCUUUCGAUUCCUCAGGAAUCAACGGCAAGUCCGUCAAGAACAUGUCCUUCGAAAACCUGGCCAUGUCGAUGGAGUCCCCUCCCAUUCUCCAGGCGACGAGGGCACUACUCGAUCGACUGGAGACGCGUUUCGUGAUCUCUAGCUCCGCGCCGGUGGAAAACGUUGACCAUCUGCUGAAACACUUCGCUGCUCCCCCGAGGAGGAAGAAGCCCGCAGCACCUCGACGUGCUCGUAGCAGCCGCAGCGUGGGAACAACGGCGCCGGCGGCGGCAGUGGCAAAGAGACUGGCCGUCACGGUCACCCAACAAAGUUCCCAAGAGAUCAACCGACUGCCUAGGUACUCGCUGAGGGUCGUGCUCUGCGCCUACAUGAUCCUGGCUCAUCCAAGCGCGGUCUUGAGCGGGCAGCGCGAGGGGGAGGCGCAGCUCAUGGAGUCGGCGGCGCGCUUCGUCGAGGAGUUCGAGCUGCUGACGAAGACAGUACUCGAUGGACAUGGACCUUCAGCUGUUCAGAGGAAGUUCAGGGAUCAGUUGGCUGCUUUCGACAGGGUGUGGUGCGUGUACCUCUACCGCUUCGUGGCGCGGAAGGUGAAAGACGCGACGUUGCUGGAGCGAGACCUUGUCAGCGCGGUGUGCAAGCUCGAGCUGUCGAUGAUGCAGACGUGCAAGCUGACCGUGGACGGGCGGUCGCCGAGCAAGCUCACCCAUGACAUGAAGGCGAUCCAGCGACAGGUCGCUGACGACCAGAAGCUCCUGCGUGAUAAGGUUCAGCUGCUGAGCGGCGAUGCUGGUGUGGCGCGGAUGGACUCUGCUCUGUCAGACACGAGGUCCAAGUUCUUCGAAGCGAAGAAGAAGAAUGCGAGUCCAGUAGCGAAACCUAUCGCGGACGACGUAUCUACCCCUGCUUUGAGCACCAAUUCAUCGUCAUCACCAGUGAAGCAGCCAACGGAGAACGAGAGAAUGGUGAAUGAGAUGCUUCAUCAGGACGACGGCAGUGCUUUCGCUGGAAAAUCUGACAGUGCUGCUGCCGAGGACGGUUUCCAGGAGAAAUUGAGGGAAACCAUGGAGAAAGCGUUCUGGGAUUUGGUCACGGACUCCAUGACAGGAGAAAAACUUGAUUACAGCCAGCUGGUCAGCCUAGUCAAGGAAGUUAGGGACUCAUUGCACGAGCUGUCUCCCAAGGGGUGGAAGGAGGAGAUCCUUGAGAAAAUCGACGUCGAAAUCCUGUCUCAGGUACUCGGGUCAGGUUCCCAGGACGCACAAUACCUGGGGCAGAUCUUGCAAUACUCGCUGGACAUGGUCCGCAGGCUCUCCGCUGCGGCGAAGGAGGACCAGAUGAAGAAAAGCCACGACAAGCUGCUGAUCGAGCUGGCUGCGAGCUCUGAAGCUGAUGAUGCCAACGGCACCAGCUCGUUCGUCGUCGGUGCCGUCAAGGGCCUGCGUUUCGCCCUGGAGGAAAUAAAGGAGCUGCAAGCAGAAGUGAGCAAGGCGUGUAUCCAGUUGGCGAUGCAGCGGAUCAUACAAGGCUCUACUGGCGUGGACUACCUGAAGAACGCUUUCGCCGGUCGCCAUGGGCCUCCUGCCAAUGCAGGAGCUUCCCUCCCUCUGACCGCGCAAUGGAUCUCGACGUUGAAGAACGUCGCCCGACAAGAGUGGAGGGAGCAUUUAGGCUCUCUUUCAGUUGUGCCAUCAGCAGCCCUCAUUCCGGUACUCCAUGCUGGUCAUGGCGCUGCCGCUGCGGUAGGCCAGCCGUCUUCUUCUUCGCCGGCAGCUGCAGGGGGCGUUUCUGGGCAGCCCGAGUGCAAGGGUGACGAGCUUGACAAGAUGAUAAGGAUUGGCCUGUUGCAACUUGUUAGCAACUCUGUCAAAAAGAUUAAUUCUGAGGAUUUUGAUCCCAACUUGUGUUGUUUUUCCAGCAUGCUCAUCCUGCGUCAGGUUCUGAUGGGCGAAAGCACAAAGGCCACUGCCCUGGAACUGGAAAACGCCACCGCAGAGCUCUUCAAUGCUCUCGUGAAGACACUGGACGGCGGCUCCCCUGACGCCGGCGCCGAAGAGAUAGUGGAGGCGAUGAUGAACGCGUCGGCGUCGGUUGGCUCGCCGUCGGAAGAGAAGAUCCAGGGCAGAAGGCAGACGACCGCCCGGGUGCUCCUCAAGAGCCUCCAGCCGGGCGACGUGGUCUUCAAGAUGGUCUCCCGUGCCGUCUUCUGCGCCUUCCGCGCCGUCUUCUGCGCCUUCCGCGGCGUCGUCCUUGGCGGCAGCGGCCACAAGGGCCAGAAGCUGGCCGACGUGGCGCUGCGCCGCGUCGGCGCGGCCAGGCUCGUCGACAGGGUGGUGAAGGCAUCCGAGGUGCCGAUCAAGGUGGUCACGGUAUCAGGGAAGGUCCAUGGCCCGUGGUACAAAGCUCUUCUGUGA